UCUUGACAAAGAAGGUUUUUAAUCUAAAGCAUGGUUGUUGAAAGUUAUCUUUGGUUCGAUUAAGGUUUAAAGACUUCUCUUUUUUCACAGAGGACUCUGGGCUAUGAAGCGAGAAUUCAUUACUGCAUACCAGUAAGGGAAUAUUGACUGAUAUUUAAGUUGGACACAUUUGAUUAUUAUUUGUUAAUGAAACGUUUGUGAACAAAAUGACAACACAAUAUCAAUAUUCGAAUUGUGUUGGUUCUGUACGGUUUAGCUUCUUCCCUUGUACAUCCUGCAGGGAAACGAAUAUUGUUGAAGUUGCAAUGUGUUACUGUGAAAAAUGUCAGCAGUGUUUUUGUAGAGAGUGCAGUAGGUUACAUGAUCAAUUGUUUAGUAAACAUAUUAAAUACAGCCAGGGAGAAAUGAAGAACUGGCCAGUGUCCAAGGACUUAGAGGAUUUUCUACAAAUAUGUGAAAAACACACUACUGAAAGCGUUUCCGUGUUCUGCAAGGACCACAGUCAGCUGUGCUGUUACGAAUGUGUUUCUGUUAGUCACAGCGAAUGCAAACAAUUAAAGCUCAACUCAGCCAAGAGGCAUACGGCCGUCGUGCACGAACUGUUAAUAAGGCUUCAUAUCAAUCUGGUGAAACUGAAGAAUCAUCAGAGUUGCUGUGAGUCCAGAGUCAAUGAACUGACAAUUUCAUACCAGGAAUAUGAACACAUGGUUCGUGAAAUAAAUAUAAACAUUAAUUCCACUUUGGACAUUAUCGAAAGGAGCACUUUGAAGAAAACACCUAAAGUUGAGCGAAACAUGGUGAAAAAAAUGCAUCAAUCAAUACAUUCCGCUUUGGAUGAAAUCGAGACAAGCACUUUGAAUGAAGCAAAACAGACAUUGUCAAGCCUUCGAGCUGAUCUUAAAACUGGUGUUGACACCUACAUUAAACAUUAUCCUGAACUAAAACUUCUACAAGAAGCCCUUCAGUACAGCAGUGAUAAGAAAAAUAUGAAACUCUGCUUUAUAGCCACAAGGAAAAGCAUGGGAAAAUUAUUAGAGGUUGAAUCAUACCUGAACCAGAACUAUGUUAAACUUGAACAUUCAGUAUUUAAACAGUCUAUGAGAGACACUGAAAAUUACUUUUCAAAAUUAUCAGGUCUCUGGGCGUGGGUACAGAGCCGCGAGGCGGUAACAUACACAUCGAACAGUGACUUUGUGCAGUAUUUGUUCAGGUUGUCAACACUGGGGAGGAACGAAAUUUAUGUUGCGGGGAAAUAUGAACAUAAUGCAGUUGACGAUAAACAGCUGAAACCACUGGGUAGGACAAAGAAUACAUAUGAAGUGCUUGUUAAGGAGAAUUCUAAACUUCAGAGUGACUUAACGGCUGCUUUUUCACGAGAAAUGCAUGAAAAAUCACGAGAAGACAUACUUAAAGCGUCCAAAAGAAAUGAGAGAUUACUUGCAAACGAAUUAGAUGAAGUGAUACAACAAAAGGGUGCAGCAGAAGAGGAGCUGCUUACACUUAAACACAAUUUGAGAAAAUGCUUUACUUCCGAGGACAAAAAACGACUACAAGAACAGAUAGCAAGACAACAAGAUCGCAUGGUACACCUGCAGGACCAACACCGCGCCAUGAAAAAGCGUUUAUGUACAUUGCAAGAGAUCGUUAAAAUUCUGGAGCGUCGUUCAACUUCAACGGAUGAAUCCACUAAUCGAAGUGAAACAGAGAAAUUGUGCAAACUCAUCGAAGAAGACGCUGAAUUGAAAGUGGAAUCAAGUCUGAUUAAGGAGCGGCUAGCAACAGAUGAAAGAGUUUACUAUUCUACUAUUGGUACUAUGACGGAUUUGCCAUGUAUGAAAACAUCGGAUUAUGAAGUGAAUAAAGUAGAUCAACCGUCUACAAACGGAUGCGAAUCAUCGCAACCAAUGAGAGCACAGCUCCUUACUGUCGGGCGUAUGAGCCCUUAUCUAGAAGACAUACAGCAAGUUUUACAAGAGCGCGACUCUUCUAUCGCUGAAUUUCAAGCUAAGCUGGAUAAGGCUGGAACAGAUCAGAAGCAGCUGCAGAAGAUAUACAACAGCAAACAGCAGGAACUAGAAAAGCUCCAAAGAGAAGUUGGGAAGAGAUCGCAAGAACAGAUAAAGUUGAACGCUGAGAAUGAGCAACUUCAGGCCCAGGUGAAAGAGUUCCAGAACAAGGAGAAAAAUAGUACUUCGUCGUUAGACGAAACAAUCAAAUGGAUGAGAGACAAGGAGAUUGUCAUAAGCAGACUCGAUGCCGAGAUUAGCUCAAAGGAACAGGUGCAAGCUCUUCAGUCUCUCGUGAAAAAAGGCGAAGACAGGAUGGAGAUAAUGAAAGCAGAGUUGGCGAAAUCGGCCUUGGAACUAAAACAGGCUCAGAAUUGGAUUGGCACGAAUAAAGAGCAGUUUAUACAUGUACAGGACGCAAAUCUCAAGCUUCAGAGCAAGGUGGAUGCAAGUGAAGAGGAAAACAAUGUGUUGAAUAAGACAGUCACCAGUCUUCAGGAGAAAAUCCAGACACAGGAAAGAGAAGUCGCCCAACUGCAAACGAGAAUGACACAGAGCGAGGAGGCUUUCAGACAUAUGAACAAACAACACAAUCGCACACUUCAGGAGAGAAAAGAGUUUGAGAUGUUGGUCCAUCAGUUGCAAGCUGAGGCAGACAGACAGAAGGAGGAAUAUGAGAGACUGGUAGAAGAGGCCCGUCAGACGACUGACACCAGUCUUGCCCAGUUGGCUGCCAACCAUGAGAAAUACGAAGCGGAUAUCCUGACACAGCAUGAAGAAGAGAAGGCAGUGGAACACGCGGCCAAUGAGCGGGAGCGAUUCAGUAGAUACGAAGCUCAGUUGAAGCGAAGACCAGUCAGAUAGUCAUGUCCUCCCUAGUGCAGACCAAGACACAAAGUAAGCGCGUGUGCUGUGAGUCCCACAGGGGACAAGUUGUACAUUACAAGCAAGGACCAUGACAAGCUCCUGACCCUGGCCAGGGAUGGAUCAGUCCUGAAUAUCUUCUCAGACCCAGAAUUAAAACGUCCAGGUGGUUUACAUUUGACCUAUGCGGGCCAGGUGCUGGUCUGUGGAUUCAGGUCCAACACUAUACAACAGGUGGACUGCGAGGGGAGGAGUAAGCUUGCCACUCUGGUUACAAGGGGUGAAUUGGAGCAUCCAAGUGUAGUCUGCUACUGCAUAACCACAUCUUCCAUCAUUGUAGGAUGUAGUAGCAAAAACAUCCUUGUGUUCAGAGUGCAAUAGCUUACUAUAUGAAGUUAAGUAAAAAGUGAUAUUCAUUACAACGGAAAUGCGAUUUGGUGUAUUAGAAAGUAUGUAUAGUUAAAUGUUACGGUAAAAACAUGUUUGUAUAAUUGCAAACGUGUUUUACAUAUCUCAUCGUUAUUUUAAUAUGAAUCUAUUAUUUGUAUUUUAAUAAGCAAGUAAUCAUAAACUCUUUGUCAAGAAACACAAAGCAAUUAAGGUAUAAGUUAAUAUUUGGAAAUUAAUAUACAUGUACAUUUUUGUUAUAUUUUUAGAGGUCAGAUCCACAUACAUGUAAGAAAUAAAAAUUGGUCAAUCCUAAGUAUUCGUAAGAUAUUUAAACUUGAUUUUGGAUUAUUAAAGAAGUGUCAUGGACUUUUAUAAAACGACUUUGAUAUUUUGAGUAGUAUUUACUGAAAGGAUAUAAAAUAAUGUGAUUUUAUUAAUUGUUAUAUUGAUAUAUUUUGUUACUGGCUAAGCAUUGCUAACUAUUGAGUUGAUACUUGUGCUUCAAGUUUAAUUAAUUUUCUUAACACAUGAAUUGCCACUUUUCUAUAAUACUGAAUAAUAUUAUUACCACACCCGUUAUAUGUUUGAUUUUAUAGCAAAGGAAUGUGACUUGCAGUUGAGACAUUUUUAUUUAAGCCGUUAUGUAAUUAGUUUUUACGUUACAUAUAAGCUUGCCAUUAAUGUUCUGCUGUUUUGAUGUGCAUAUCUGUUGUGCAUUACCUCCUCGGGCAAAAACAUUUGUGCUACACAAACUAUCUCACUGUUAAAACGUCAGCUGUUAAUCAGUCCUUUAAAAGAAUGUACUGUGUCAAACAAUGUUUAAGAAUUUAAAGAAAAGCAUUUCUUCUAACAGAUCUGACAUUAAAGACAAUUACGUAUGCAUUAAAUACAUCAAGAAUGACACUGUACUCGAUUGCAGAACCUGGAAUUUGAUGCAACAUCUGCAGUCCGGUGUGCUCCAACCGAACCCGGACUUCUUUUAGGGCCCUUCUACCUACCUGGUAUAGGCCCGACGCUUCAAUGCCAUCCGUUUUCAGAAACAAUUAAUUCAUUAGCGGAGUGUAACUUCCAUUGCAACCAUCCUACUGUCAGUAUCAGUCAACUUCUUUUAUCGUGUCUGGUGAGCGUCCGCUUCGGGAUCAUUAACCUGGUGGUUUUUAUCCAAAAUGACCAACUUAGCACCGGGUAUCCGAUCAGCCAUGAAUCAAAUUGAGUCAAACAAAUACAAUUAUGUUCAACACAAAACACCUGGCACGUCCAAGCAUACCUGUUUAGGGUUCAUUAAGGAAAGGCGAAAUAAAAACACUUAAUCACCUUUAUCGCGUAAAUUAGGAGAUUAUUCAGGGUGUUUUAAACUCUGGCGGGAAUAUAAAUUUAAACCUUGACAUAACUAGGUAGAUAUCUCCGAAGACAGGCUGCACUUGAGUUAUUGUACGCGGACUCGUACUUAUAUGAAUUCGGCAAUUUAAGUUCAGUUUGUCUUGAGGAUGGCUAAUUACAUAAAAAUGCAGACGAAGAGUUAUGUGUUUUCUUCAAAGAGUUAACUGCAGCCAUGAUAUGGGCAUUAGUACGGAUCUUUCAACAACAAAACCUGACCUAAGUAUUUUUCAAGUGACUGCCAAUAAGUAUUGACAGGAUGUGUGCCGUGGUCUGGAACACAUUAUUAUAAUGGUCAUCAUCUCACAGCUGUAAUUUGUAUUGAAACUGCGUGACAAAUUUACAUUUAAUUUAACCUGAUUGUUUCUUGAUUGAAUCAGAAUCAUAACGCGUAUUGUGCCAAUUGUUAGUCCAUUUUCUGCGUAGAACCAGUACUUGAUGUCUUUGGAGAAGAUAUUUGGAACGUUUCCUGAGUAAAUAGAAAAUGCACGACCUUCCGAUAGUUAGUCGAAAACCGUAUUCACUACGACACCGCGACACUUAACAUUUGUUUGCACCAACAUAAAUAACGCAUACCGGUUAAACAAGCAUUCACUAACUCGGUUGUGAUCUGUGUAAGCGGUCCUUAACAGCUGAGAACUUUUGUAUGCAUGAGGUAUUUAAAGAAGGUUGUUUUUAUAAUGUCCUUAAUAUGCAAUUACAUGCAGUAAUACGAGAAUCCUAUGAGAUUCCUUCUCUUGUUUUUUUUACAUUUAAUAGGUGUAUAAAAUCGAAAAAACGAUAAUAUAAAUUCGCAUUUGUACAGCCUUCGAGAUUAAUUGCGGCGUGAUCACUGCAAAUAAUAACUUAAAGGAUACAGCAAUCAACCAGUUAUAUAUAAUGUCCAUUUUAUAUGUUAUAUGUUAAUAUUAUUGUACGCAUGUUUGAACAUGCAAAUGUAUUUCUUGUGCAUGUUCUGUUGUUAUUGACGUAACUGUUUUAUUUUAUCUGCUCAAUCGCAGAUAAGGAAAGUUAAAACGAACUUGUUACCAUGCAUAUUCAAUAUGAAAUUUAAAGUGCUUUCAAAUAAUGACUUGUUUUGUGAUGUAUUUGGUAUGAUGGAGUGUCUGCAUCGCUUACCCUGGUUCAAUUCCUGUACCGUUUUCGCGCUUUGUUUCAUACCAAACGACAUUUCCACUUUCCGAAUAUAUUUCGGGUGAUUUUUUUGUAAUAAGUUUAGCAUUAAAUACACAGUUUACCUUGCAUUUUCAAACCUCAACCAAACAAAAGAAGUCUUUUUUAUAAGAUUUUUUUCCUGAUGUAUGUUGUUACGCUUUUAAAGGCUGCUUAAUGAAUUUAUAUUGCAUACAUUAUGUUUAUUAACGAGAUUUUUAGUCUGAGACUUAUAAAGGAGCUAUCUAUAAACAGUUUAUUGAUAGACGUUUGUACCUAAGUUAUAUUUCUCAUCAUCUGUGCAGUGGUAGCAUGUGUUCGUAUAAUAGUUUAUAAUAUUGUUUAAAUUCAUUGAUUACAUGAUGUAUGAAUAUUUUAUGUCGUACAAAGCAUUUGAAAACAAUAUUUCAAGUGCCUUUUAUGAUAUAUUCUGCGUGUUAAUAAAAAAUGAUUCUUUCA